AUGGCUGCGGAGGAUCUGCCGUCCGAAUUUGACGUCGUCAUUCUGGGCACAGGUACACAAACACCUGGUUUUUAUGACGUGUUCGGAUCUGGGAGGAGCUAUUAUGCAGCCAGCUGGGCCAGCUUUACCUUCAACGGCCUGCUCACCUGGAUCCAAGAGCAACAUGCGGAGUCUCAACCAGAGGAGGCUCAGGAUUGGUCGAACCUUGUGGAGGAAGGGGAGGAGCUGAUGAAGCUGUCAGACUCAGACUCCGCCUCCAUCAGUAACGUACAGGUGUUCUGUUACACCAGUGAAGAAGAUGAGGAGGAGGAAGCUCCUAACACUGGCGAAGAAGAACGAGGCGGAGCAAAUGAAGACGCUGUCAAAGAAACAUCCGAGACAGAAUCUGCAGAUUCAAAAGAGGAAGAAACAAAUGAGAAACCAGAAGAACCACAAGACGGAGAAGAGGAAGAGAAAGAUACACACACAGAGGGGGAGGAGCCAGAGGCUGAUCAGCCCACCCCCUCAGCAGCUCUGAGCCAAUCAGAACCAACAAAGAAGAAGAUCAGCUAUGCCCAGCUUGUAAAGGAAGGACGCCGUUUCAACAUUGACCUAGUUUCCAAGCUCAUGUAUUCUCGUGGCUCAUUGGUCGAUCUGCUCAUCAAAUCAAACGUCAGUCGUUAUGCAGAGUUCAAGAACGUCACCCGGAUACUCACCUACCGGGAUGGGAAUGUCCAACAGGUGAGUGACCUGUGCUCUGUACAUGACCUGUUUCUAAAGUUUGAUCUUUACCUGUCCGUGUCACCUGAGUGCCUAGAUCUGUAUUUACCUGUCCUCACCUGUGUGUCUAGAUCUAAAUUUGCCUGUCCUCACCUGAGUGCCUAGAUCUAUAUUUACCUGUCCUCGCCUGUGUGUCUAAUCUGAAGACACUGUCCACCUGUGUGAGGGGCUGGAUCCACACGUCACUGUCCUCACCUGCGUUGCUUGGGUCGCUAUGGCAACACUCCCUUCCUGUUUCCUGUUUAUGGCCUUGGGGAGAUACCGCAGUGUUUCUGUAGGAUGUGUGCUGUUUUUGGAGGCAUCUACUGUCUGAGACACUCGAUCAGAGCUCUGCUGCUCGACAAGGACUCUCAAAGGUGUAAGGCUGUGAUUGACAGUCGGGGCCAGCGAAUCAGCUGCAACCAUUUUGUGGUGGAGGACGGUUAUUUGGGGGCGGAGCAGAGGAAGCUGAAUGCAUCCCCCCGGUUCAUCUCCAGAGCGGUGUUAAUCACAGACAGCUCCAUCCUUCCCAGUGACUCAGACCAGCAGGUCUCCCUGGUAACGGUUCCUCCAAUCACAGCGGGACAUCCGGCGGUGAGGAUGGUAGAGCUGUGCUCGUCAACGAUGACCUGCAUGCCAGGAACAUACCUGGUCCAUCUCACCUGUCAGUCAGUUGGCUCUGCCUACGAGGACCUGUCACCUGUGGUUACCAAAAUGUUCUGUACUCCAGACUCACCGGACCGAGACGACUGUCCCGCCGUCCUGUGGUGUCUCUACUUCAACAUGGCUGACACCUCGGGGCUGGAAGUAGAAGGUUACGACGUGCCGUCUAACGUGUACGUGUGCUCCGGACCUGAUGCUGCUCUGGGACAUGAUCACGCCAUCAAACAGGCUGAGUCGAUCUUUCAGAAGAUUCUUCCUGAUGAAGAUUUCUGUCCUCCUGCUCCAAACCCCGAGGACAUCAUCUACGACGGAGACAACACGGCCCCGCCCACCGGGGAUGAGGGGAGGGAGGAGGGGGAGGAGGAGGAGGAGAAGAAGGACGAAGAGGAAGAGACGGAGGAGAAAGGUGAAGAGGAGACAACAGAGACAGUGGAGCAAGAGGAGCUUCAGACAGAGGAGUAACAUCAAUACACAAGCCAAACAUCCUGCAGUGCAUUGUGGGUCAAAGUUGCCUUCAUGAGUUGUAAAUCUUUAUUAUUUUUCUAUCUUUGUUUCUGCUCGCUGUCUUUAUUUAAACCACGGUUUUAUUUCCUGUUCUGUGGAAACAUUAAAGCUUCAUCCUGACUGA